AUGGCAGGCAAGCGAAAUUUCCUAUCUCUGGCCUUCAGAAGCAACACCCACUCGUCGCGCUGCCGGUCGGGACCAUCAUUCCUCGACACCCUCAUCCCUGCGUCGAGACGAUCGAAAUCGACUGAUUCCACGUCGGCGUUGGCUUACAAGGCGCUUCAUCGACGGUCUCCCUUGCCUUUGCCGAUCUCCGACACCUCCCCUCAGUAUGGCGCAGCUGCAGCUGUGUCGUCCAUUCUUUACGAGACUCCGGUGGCCUCUGGAGCGCCGCCAAAAAAGCACAUCCUGAACUGCCUGGUGCAAAAUGAGCCCGGUGUUCUUUCUCGUGUGUCGGGCAUUCUGGCCGCGCGAGGCUUUAACAUUGACUCUCUGGUCGUGUGCAACACUGAAGUGGAGGAUCUGAGUCGCAUGACCAUCGUGCUACAGGGUCAGGAUGGCGUGGUCGAACAAGCCCGCAGACAGCUGGAAGACCUGGUGCCGGUGUGGGCUGUGCUCGACUAUACCUCUGCCGCGCUUGUACAGCGGGAGCUACUCCUGGCCAAGGUCUCCAUCCUCGGCCCGGAAGUGUACGAGGAGCUGAUGGAACACCAUCGCGAAAUGACCAGCCCCGACGUCGAGUCGAAUGCCAGCGACGUGGAGAACGCAGAGGAAAACGCCGACGGAAGACUUCAGGAACUGGAGGCCAACCAGUCCGAAGAGGCAAGCAUGGUGCAGCGGGUCAAGGAAAUGCUCGGUCAAGGCGCGAGCUAUCACCCCAGUCGGCUUGCCGCCAGUCAGGCCUUGCGCCACAAGCACGAACAUUUGGAGGCAAUCACCCACCUGACCCAUCAAUUCGGCGGCAAGGUUCUCGAUAUCAGCACGAACAACUGCAUCGUCGAAGUGUCUGCCAAACCAAGCAGAAUCGACUCGUUUAUGAAACUUAUUGCUCCAUUCGGCAUUUUAGAGUCCGCCAGAACCGGCUUGAUGGCGUUGCCUCGAUCGCCUCUGCAUGGGCCUAACGAUGACUCGCAACGGGAUGCAGACGAGAUUGUGGAUAUCAGCACGCUUCCUCCAGGUUAA